GAGCGACGCGGAGACACUUCCGGUUCCUGUGACGUGUGCGGAAGCGCGUCAUCAUCUGUCCGUGUGUUUGCGGGUGGAUGUGACUGCAGUGUUGUUAUUAUUUAUCAUUAUGGCUCAUCAGUAUGUUUGUGAUAAUAUUCAUAAAGUUUUCUUCAGAUGAAGCGUGGUUGUUUUGGACUCCGUCAUGACGUCAGUAGUAAAUGAUACAGCUGAGGCUGUUGAUCUGUGUCCUGAUUACAAUCUCUACCUGAAGCCUAUUGCAAAAAUGACCAUCAGCGUUGCUCUUCCCCACCUGAAGAUGCCGGGCAAAUCCAUCUCUAACUGGGAGGUGAUGGAGCGUCUGAAAGCUAUGGUACAGCCGGAGCAGUUCUCUUCGCUCCGCAUCUCCAAGAGCACCAUGGACUUCAUCCGCUUCGAAGGUGAAGUGGAGAACAAGAGCGUGGUGAAGCGAAUCCUGGCCAAGCUGGAAGCGAAGAGCAUCAAGUUAAGCGGAUUCACGGAUGUCCUGAAGGUGCGGGCGGCCGAGAACAAAGUGGAUUUUCCCACACGCCACGACUGGGACUCGUUCUUCAGGGACGCCAAGGACAUGAACGAGACCGUGCCUGGAGAACGUCCCGACACCGUUCAUCUGGAGGGGCUUCCGUGCAAGUGGUUCGCCCAGAAAGACGGCUCUCCCGACAGACCCUCCGAGGAUGUUUUCAAAGUGGUCUUUGAACGAUUCGGCAAGAUCCGGAACGUGGACAUUCCCAUGCUGGAUCCGUACCGCGAGGAGAUGACAGGGAAGAACUUUAACACCUUUUCAUUUGGAGGGCACCUGAACUUUGAAGGAUACCUGCAGUACCAGGAUCACACAGGUUUCGUCAAAGCCAUGGACUCUUUAAGAGGAAUGAAGCUGAUGUUCAAAGGGGAAGACGGCAAAGCGGUUGCCUGCAAUAUUAAGGUGACCUUUGACACCAGUAAACAUCUGAGUGAAGCAUCACUGAGGAGACGUCAGCAGGAGCGCGAGAAGCUUCAGGAGCUGGAGAGACAACGUGAGGAGCACAAACGCAGAGAAAAGGAGGAGGAGGAGAGACGCAAGGAAGAAGAGAGAAAACAGCGUGAGCGUGAGGAAGAGGAGAAAGAGAGAAGAAGGGAAGAGAAACUGCGCAGACGAGAGCAGAAGCUGAAGGAGAGAGAAGAGAAGAAAACCCAGAAGAAGAUGAAGAAACAGCAGGAGGAAGAACAGAAGAAACUUCAUCUGAAGAUCGCUACAGAGGAGAGAAAACUGCUGCUGGCUCAGAGAAACCUGGAGUCCAUACGACUCAUAGCUGAACUACUGAGCAGAGCAAAGACUCUGAGACAGCAGCAGAUGGAGAAGAAGAGGGCGGAGCUAAUGCGUCUGCAGCAGCUGGAAGAGCGCAGGCGGCUGCAGGAGGAGGAGCUGCGGCGCGUCGAGGCCGAGAAGGCGCGUGCGUUGGAGCUGCAGCGAAAGGAGUGUGAGCUCCGCGAGCGCCUGCUGGAGAACCUGCUGAAAAAAAGCACCAACACGCAGAACCACGACAGCGCUCAUGUCCUCGCUGAUCUGCAGCCGUGUGACGCUCCGACACAGGUGACAUGCGCGACGCUACAGGCGGACGAGAUAAAGUCUGCGUCAGUAGUAAAGAUGGAAAACCAGGACAACAAAACAAAGAAAAAGGAGAAAAAGGUCAAAGGUGAUGAACGGGGCAGGUCACCAAAGGAGAAGAGGAGUACAGAGCAAUGCGACGGACGUCAACGCGCGCACCGCAGCGAAGGGAAGCGGAGCAGCAAUCGCCGCAGGAGUCGUCGCAGUCGUAGCCGAAGCACUCGGAGACGCAGCGGUAGUUACAGGAGGAGGAGCAGCAGUCGAGCGAGGAGGCGUGAACGAGCGAGUCCCGGCCGGCGCAGGAGGUACAGUCACGGUCAGAGCAGCAGCAAAAGUCGCAGCAGCAGCAGUCACAGUCGCAGUUCCAGUCGGUCGUCCAGUCGAGGACGCCGACGACGCUCUAACAGCCGUUCCAGACGAUAAAUAACCAAACGUAUCCAGCUCCUGUUUCACCCCAAUAUCAAAUCCAUUAUAGUUUGUGCAAAGAACUCCCUUUAGGAUUUUGAGAUUAUUUACAUGACAUUAAAGCCCUCAUCAUUAAUCUGUUUAGUUUGUUAUUCUCUGACUCUUUUUUUUUUUUUACAUAUAUAGAUUUAUUUUAACAUUGCUGUAUUUGUUUGUUUUAUCAGCAUAAGUUAAAAGCAGUAAAUCCCACGCUACUGUCAUUCACAUUACGGUACAUUACUGUUCAGAGAAUCAUUUCUAAGAGAAGGGUUUGAUCUUUUUUUAUUUGUCCCAGUAUGUAAAGACUGAGGUUGAGUCUGAAGACGCUCACAGAUUGAAGUUGUUAUUUUGGUGCUAAACGUUUCUUUAAGUAACUUUCAUCAUCAUUAGUACACAAUAUAGACUACAAUGUUUAUUACUUGAAUAUUAAUGUGUAGGAACUAUGAGCUGUUUUGUGUGACACUCAACCUCAUUUCAAAGUUGCUUGUUGAUGUCUUUUUUUAUGAAGAAUCUCUCUUUUGUUGACAUCUUUACAUUGCUUGAUUUAGAUUUAACCUACAGUAUUUACACUGUUUCGCUUCAGGAGUGCAGCCACGACUUGCAUGUGUUAAAUCAUCCGGUUCAAAUAAAACUGUUUGCAUCUCA